GGCAGAGCCCACAUAAAUGCACUAUUUGACUUUCUCCUCUCAGACGGACGCACAUAAACAAACCCGCGUUACGGCCCCACACUUUGCAAAGCACCCAGUGACAGAGAGCGCACCGGGACGGACGCACUCCUCACACUGUGGAGCUAGAGUUUCUUUUUUAAUUAUUCCGUUUUCUUUUUCUCUCUUUGAACAAAAAAGUAAGAGGAAGAAACUUUUUAGCGCGCAUCUCCAGAAGAGUGUUUUUUGUAUUUUUGUAUUUUUGUUUUUUGUUUAGAGAAAAAGAAAAUCCAUUUUUCUUGUCUUCACUUCGACUCUUGGUGAUUAUUCUGGAUGGAAAUAGGAUACUUCAAGCAAGGUUAUUACCACAUGUAAAGACGGAACCGCUACAGCAAACCGGCACAGGUUCGGAAGAGCGCGCCCAGCCGAGCUCGGAGCCCCGGCGAUCGGACACUCCCUCAGCGACGCCCGCCGAGUCCUCCCCGCUCCAGGAGCCCUGUUCCGGCCGCAGCCACGCCACCCCUAAAACCCGGACACCCAGCACCAUUCAGCGCGAAGCUCUUUCACCAGAUCUAUGGCAUUCUGACAAUGAACAAGCGCACUCAGUUAUUGGAACAGCUGCAGUUUGUCCAGUUGAAAUGCACACCUCGAGACAUGCCCUGUGUGCAGGCUCAGUACGGGCCCGCCCCUCCCGGCUCAGCCUACUCCGGCCAGUCCUUCAGCUACCAGGGUGACAGCUACAGCUCCGACCUCAUGACCCCCGACUACACCAAGCUGGACCUGGGCGGGGGCGAGAUCUCCGCCGCCGCCGCGACCACCUCCCUGCCCAGCUUCAACGUGUUCGUGGAGGGCAGCUACGAGCCCAAGUCGUCCUGCCUCUACCAGAUGCCCACGCACCGGUCCAUCAUCAAGAAGGAGGAGGAGAGCUACCCGACCGCCCCGCCGCUGGAGACCAUGUCCUCCUCCACCAUGUACUUUAAGCAGUCGCCCCCCUCCACCCCCACCACCCCAUCCCUGCCGCCCCAGCCCGGCACCUCCUUCCUGUGGGAGGAGCACUCGCUGGCCCCUCCGUCGCACCCUCACUCCCUGGGCUCCAGCCUGGAGACGGGGCCCCUCAAGUCCCCCCGUUUUCCGCACUUCUACCAGCAUUCGCCGCCCCACAGUGGAGGCAGCGUCGGCGGCUACGAGAGUCUGGGAAGCGGUCUGGUCCGCACCUCUUCCUCCAGCUCGUCCUCCUCGUCGUCGGUGUCCCACCCUCACGGCCCACCCCUGGAGCAGCCCAUGUACCAGCUGCACCGCGGGGCCGCGGGCAGCAGCCUCGCCUUCCGAUCCCUGGCCCUGGGCCCCUGCGGCCCUCUACUAGCAGACAGCCUGCCCUCGCCGCCGCCACGUGGCCCCCAAGGAGAAGGAACCUGCGCCGUGUGCGGAGACAACGCCGCCUGCCAGCACUAUGGCGUUCGCACCUGUGAGGGCUGCAAGGGCUUCUUCAAGCGCACAGUGCAGAAAAACGCCAAGUACGUGUGUCUGGCCAGUAAGAACUGUCCUGUGGAUAAACGGAGACGCAACCGCUGCCAGUACUGCCGCUUUCAGAAGUGUCUGAGCGUCGGGAUGGUCAAGGAAGUUGUUCGUACUGACAGUCUGAAGGGGCGUCGAGGUCGUCUGCCCUCCAAACCAAAGAGCCCCCUGCAGACGGAGGCGUCUCCUCCGUCCCCGCCGCUCAGCCUGCUGUCUGCUCUGCUCAGGGCUUAUUCCCACUGCACACCCCGAGACCUCGACUACAGCCAGUUCAGCGCCGCCGACCCUCCGUCCUCCUCCUCAGACGCAGAGCACAUCCAGCUCUUCUACCGGCUGCUCACCAUCUCCAUGGAGACCACGAGGUGCUGGGCCGACCGGCUGCCCGGCUUCUCCGAACUGCAGCGGGACGACCAGAACCUGCUCAUAGACUCGGCCUUUUUGGAGCUGUUUGUCCUGCGACUGGCUCACAGGUCGAUGCUGUCGGAGGAUAAACUCGUCUUCUGUAACGGUUUGGUGCUGCACAGGUUCCAGUGCCUUCGUGGGUUCGGGGAGUGGCUCGACUCCAUCCGGGACUUUUCCACCCACCUCCAGAGCCUAAACCUGGAUGCCUCCGCCUUCGCCUGCCUGGCCGCCCUCGUGCUUCUCACAGAGCAAGUCCCAGGUCUGAAGGACUCGAAGCGAGUGGAGGAGCUGCAGAAUAAAGUCAUUUGUUGCCUCAGAGACCACCUGGGCUGCGGCCCGUCGUCCUCCACGUCCAAAGCGGCGCCUCCCCUGAGCCGUAUUCUGGGUCUACGGGCCGAGCUGCGUUCCCAGAGGACCCAGGGCCUUCAGCGGAUCUUCUACCUAAAGCUGGAGGACCUGGUGCCGCCGCCGCCGCUCAUCGACCGGUUUCUGGACACUCUGCCGUACUGAUCGCAUCCCGUUCAGGCCUUUUUAUUUCCCCCCUAUGGAGCAUGUGCACACUCACCCAGAAAGAGAGACUCGCCUGCCUCCGACUGAGCCGAUCAGAUGCUUUUUCACUCGACGGGACGAACCAAAACAAGAGCGCCUUUUCACUCCAACGGACAAAUGCUUUUCACCUGUAUUAAAAAAAAAGAGACUCUUUGACAAACAUAAAAAAAAAAAAAAAACAAA